AUGGAGGUAACACACUUGUCACAAUACCUACCUUUACCACUUAGUCAAUAGCUGGUGUUCUGUGACCCAAUAUGUUGUUAUGUGACAUGGCUGCUAUUGUAGGUGUGACUUCAUAAUCUUUAAUUACAAAUGGGCACAACCUCUUAGUAGUCUUUUUCACAAUGCUUGGUUUCUUCAUACAAAUGGCACACUCAUCACAGUCUCAUUAAAGCACCACAGAAAGGGACAUUUCUCCAUAGGGGUGGAAAUUAGCCUACAAAAAAGUGCACCAGACAGGACUUCUGCUGCAUCCACAGAGAGGUGACUGAAGCAAAGGCGAUUUAGACUUACCAGGAAUGUAAGUAAAAAAAUUGUUCAUAGAAUCAUAAAGUGUAGAACUGGAAGGGAUUCCAAGGGUCAUCUAGUCAACCCUCUUCAAUGCAGGAAUCUCAUCAAAGUCUCUCAUUCAGUUUGAAACCAUAGUAGACCAUGCUUCGUUUGCAAAUGUCCUGUUGUUGUUGUUGUUUAGUCAUUUAGUCAUGUCCGACUUUUCACGACCCCAUGGACCAGAGCACGCCAGGCACUCCUGUCUUCCAUUGCCUCCCGCAGUUUGUUCAAAUUCAUGCUGGUAGCUUUGAGAACACUGUCCAACAAUCUUGUCUUCUGUCUUCCCCUUCUCCUUGUUCCCUCCCUUUUCCAGGAGUCUUCUCUUCUCAUGAGGUGGCCAAAGUAUUGGAGCCUCAGCUUCACAAUCUGUCCUUCCAGUGAGCACUCAGGACUGAUUUCCUUCAGAAUGGAGAGGUUUGAUCUUCUUGCAGUCCAUGGGACUCUCAAGAGUCUCCUCCAGCACCAUAAUUCAAAAGCAUCAAUUCUUCAGCGAUCAGCCUUCUUUAUGGUCCAGCUCUCACUUCCAUACAUCACUACUGGGAAAACCAUAGCUUUAACUAUACGGACCUUUGUUGGCAAGGUGAUGUCUCUGCUUUUUAAGAUGUCCUAGUAGUUGUAUUAUUUGUUACUUCCUGUCCAGGAGUCAUCAGAGAGAGAGAGAGAGAGAGAGAGAGAGAGAGAGAUGCUCUCUCUCUCUCUCUCUCUCUCUCUCUCUCUCUCUGUGUGUGUGUGUGUUUGUGUCCGUGUAAAAACUAGUUGUAUGAACUAUGAGCCUGUUUCCACACUGUCAACUUAAAACACAGCUAGGAUGUUAAUUUAUUUUAGUCAGGGUUGAUUUGAAUCUGGAAUAGAUAUGGAUGGUAGCUAAUGUCAAGUGUACACUACUGUCCAAGCCAACAGGGGGAAAGCAUUGCAUGCAGACUCAGAUAUAUGCGAGAUAAAAACAUGUUGUUUUAGCUGAAACAGUGCCCCUCUGGAAUUCAUCAUUCCUCAAAUACCAGUGAUGAGGGCUCCCCUAUUCCUAGCAAGGGUGGGUGGAAAGGAUGUUUUUAAAUAAUAAUAAUAAUAAUAAUAAUAAUAAUAAUAAUUUUUAUACAUUUUCCAUUAAGAACAUCCAAUUAAUAACAAAUCAAAUCAAAUCAAAAUCCAAUUCAAAAGCAAAACAAAACAAAAAACUAAAUUACAAUCUGUUGGUUUUUUUUAAAUGAUAUUUAUUAAGGUUUCAAAAAAAGGAUACAUAAAUAAGAAAGAGAAAAAAAAUAAAAAAAGAAGAAUACAAAGUACAAAAAAAACAACACAAUUAAAAACAAUUCCAUCUUUUCAUCACUUCUCUUUCAUUUACUUAUUUCCCGGACCUCCUCAUACCUCCCUUUUUUGUAUUCCAGUUCAGUUUAUUAGUCCAGCAAUUCCUUUCCCUCCAUUUUAAUCCUAAUCUUUAAUCUUAAUAUAUUAUAGCAUUAGUUUUUUACGUAUUGAAAGUCCAAUUUUUCCAUAUUCUUUUAUACCAUUACAGCUAGAAACCACUUAACUUCAAUCCAACAUCAUUCUAACAUUCAUUAAUUUUACAAUAUUUCUGUAAGUAGUCUUUAAAUUUCUUCCAAUCUUCUUCCACCGACUCUUCUCCCUGGUCUCGGAUUCUACCAGUCAUUUCCGCCAAUUCCAUGUAGUCCAUCAUUUUCAUCUGCCAUUCCUCCAGUGUGGGUAGGUCUUGUGUCUUCCAAUGCUUUGCAAUAAGUAUUCUUGCUGCUGUUGUAGCAUACAUAAAGAAAGUUCUAUCCUUCUUUAACACCAAUUGGUCGACUAUGCCCAGGAGGAAGGCCUCUGGUUUCUUCAAGAAGGUAUAUUUAAAUACCUUUUUUAAUUCAUUAUAAAUCAUCUCCCAGAAAACCUUAAUCCUUGGGCACGUCCACCAAAGGUGAAAGAAUGUACCUUCAGUUUCUUUACAUUUCCAACAUUUAUUAUCAGGCAAAUGGUAGAUUUUUGCAAGCUUGACUGGGGUUAUGUACCACCUGUAUAUCAUUUUCAUAAUAUUCUCUCUUAAGGCAUUACAUGCCGUAAACUUCAUACCUGUGGUCCACAACUGUUCCCAGUCAGCCAUCAUUAUGUUAUGUCCAACGUCUUGUGCCCAUUUAAUCAUUGCAGAUUUCACCGUUUCAUCCUGAAUUAUUACAAUCUGAAUUAUUUAUUAUUACCGUAUUUUUCACUCUAUAGGACGCACUUUUCCCCCUCCAAAAAUUAGGGCGAAAUGUGUGUGCGUCCUAUGGAACGAAUGCAGGCUCCUUGGCUUCAGCGAUAGCAACGCGAAGGCUCCGAAGCGCAGAGGGAGCCUUCUCGCUCUCCACGUGUCAGGGAACUGACAUCGGAGCUAGAGGCGGAGGGAAGGCUCUCAAAUGAUGCUGGAGAAGGGCCCAGCAGAGAGAGAGGCAGCUCAGCAGAUGGGGAAGCAAUUCAGCGCAACACCAGGAAUAAAGAGGGGCAGAUGGGGGAAUCGGCGAGAGGGCUCCCAGACUCUUCACCGGACACCAGCAGGGAGAGCACGGGUCCUCCGCUACCCACGCCCUCCCUGCGCAGAAGACUUCCGCGCAGAGAGAGUAGGAGGAGACUGGGUGUCAAACAACUUUUAUGUUGGAAAAGGUUUAAGAAACGCCCACUGACGGAUUCUGCUAGCGACUGAGGCAGCCACGAAGUGAAGGGCUGUCCAGACUGAAAGGUUUAACAAGGCAACAAAGCCAGGAGAGGCGGCAACUUACGCACGAGCAACCCAUACUCAUUACACCACGCUUCAGGGAUAGCCGCCAGAAGCCUUCGGAGCGCAGCGCGAGUUCCCACUGCGCUCCGCAGGCUUCAGGUUCCUUUCGCUGAAGCCAGGAGAGCAAGACUCUCCCAGCUUCAGCAGGAAGGGAGAGCUGAGCAGCAACCCUUAAGCCAAGCGGGAGGAGAAAUGGAAGGGGUUCCGUUUUUCAUGCAGCUUCGCUGAAGGGGUGCUGAGCAGAGAGGGUGAUAAUUUUUUUUUUCGUGUUCUCCCCCUCUAAAACAAGGUGCAUCUAAUGGAGCGAAAAAUAUGGUAGAUUUCACAUGGACUUCCCAUAUUCUGGACCUCUGAAGAACUCAUCUCACAUAAUGAUAUGAUGGCUGAGUAUUGUGGCAUGAUCUCCAAUAACCCAGAAGCAUGGUUCGCCAGAAGCAGCUUAGUCCUGCUGGCCACAUGCUGGCCAGCUUAGUCCUGCUGGGAGCUGUACGCCGGCUCCCUUUGCCAAUAAAGCGAGAUGAGCGCUGCAACCUCAGAGUCGGCCAUGACUGGACCUAAUGGUCAGGGGUCCCUUUACCUUUACCUAUGUUUCCAACACAGCAUGUCGACCUGCGUCUUUUGGCCCAUGAUCACAGAUUGCAGGAAUACCUUAUCUGGCCUCAUAACAGCUAUGAGAUUACUUUCUACAUUCUUCCUCAGGGAUCUAAAAAAUGGGGCCAACUGAAUAAAGUGACAUCUGAUUUCUGUGCUGUAACUGCAUAUAAUUGCUUCUGACUUUAAUGCCAGAAUAGGACAAGGUGUAGGAAACUGGGUCUCCAACUUGAUGAUUUCUUCAGGUACAAAGAUACCAGAAAACAGGGCCCCACCCGAACACAUGGCCAAUCAAGCACUCCCACACAAAGCUUUUAUGCUCCCAUGUGACACUGCAAUCAAACCCACGUGACACCCUUGCUGGAGUGUUCAUGGCCCUCCACUGCCACUCCCCACACAUCAUCUUCCUCUGCAUGCACACAGCAGCCACAGCAAGGAACUAUGACACCACCAAAGGGUUAUUUAAAUAAGGAAGGAAGGAAGUACAGAGCCCAAAAAUGCCCAGUAGCACAGAGUGCUCUGUUUGGGGGGUGAAUUUGUCCACUGGGUGAAUUAAUGCAGCAUAUAAUCGCCACCCACUUACCUGUGCAUGAAAAGAUGGACUUAUGUUGGUGUAGGCAGGAUUCAGCCAGCAUGGGCUCAUCUGUGCCAUGUGUGUAUCUGUCUCUCUGUGCAUGCCGCAAGGCACUGUGGCCUGUAUUUUUAUCAUAAUGCAAACUUGAAUGUCAUUCUGUUGUACUACAGACGUGACUUGUGGAACGCAUGUCUAAAAAGGUGGCCACCUCAGCACUUCCACGAAAUCCUACUUGAAAAGGAUUGGCAGAGAACUAUGCUUGUGAUCUGUAACAGUGCAAUAUCUUUGGAAUAAUGACACUUGAAUAGCGUCCACAAUAUUUCCUAAAUAAGCGUUAUAUAAAAUGCAUUUUCUUUCUAUUUGGGGCUUCUUUUUUCAGGGCUGAAGAUACUUUUUGAUUCCAUCAAUUUGAAAGAUUUCAAUAAAGCUGAAUGUGUGGAAAUUUUGAAGAAAGGCCAUUUACUGGGCAUUUCCCCUGGUGGAGGUAGAGAAUCAAACUUUAGUAAUGACUACAACAUAAUGUGGGGUAACAGCACAGGUUUCGCUCGGGAUAGCUUUCGAGGCAAAAGUGGUGAGUGAUCUUUGUGCAAUUUGCAUUGCCUUCAUGAUUAUCCUAGAUAAGACGUAAUGUGUUGACAUCCUUGAUCUAGCAUCCUAAGUAGUUGAGGAUGGCAAAUCCCCUAUUUGGGGGUCAGAUGAUAUCUAGAGUUCCAAGUAUUUCCUACUCCUGCUUUUUUUUAAAAAAAAGCUAUUGAAAUCACUUACAUUUAAAAAGAAAAAUAGCUUUUUUCCUCUUCAAUUCCUGAAAAUCUGGAGGACAGCAUGUGCAAUUUGAAGUCAAUUGCAUCUGGCUUGUCAUUGUAAUCCUAGAUGGGGAGCAUUAUUCCUAGUCCUUAACCAAAAUAAAGGUGGAGCGGGUGGGGUGAAGGAAUUCUCCAGUUCUCACCUUUCUUUUGAUUUUGUAUUUCUUCUUAUUUUCUUUCAGCCCAUCAUCCCUAUGUUUAUACAAAACGUUUGUGAAACAUUCAGGAACACUGGAAAGUCAAGUGAGCAAAAUAUCUUAUAUUCUUUGGUUGAUCAAGAGAUCUGAUGUCAGGCAAUAAACUACUAGAAGUUUAUUCAAUGUACACUUCUCUGCAAAAGUUGUGCUGUCUCUUAAAAAUAUGCACUCAAAUUAUUUAACCUCAUGUCUGGGAUGGAUUGAUUGGGAUUGCUAAAAACUCAGAAUGCCAACUAAUUUCAAAUUUGAUAUGGGAUCGCUUUCUUACAGACUCUUUUCCCUUUCAUACAUAGGGUUGACAAGAUGGUUAUAUGAGAAAACAAGACUUCUCUACCUUCCCAUAUAUGGAGGACUUCCAGUGAAACUGAGGACAUAUAUUGGAGAACCCAUCCCAUAUGAUCCAAAUAUAAAAGCUGCAGAGCUGGCUGAAAAAGUAAGUUAACUCUACACAAGGAAGUAAAAAAGCAGAAUAUUGUUUUCCUGUUGGUUUCUCUCUUUCAGUUGUAUAAAUUGAAUUCUGACUACUGACUUACUCAUUCUAUAUGACCAGAGAUCGGGUUCAUUAUAUAGACUUUUGUGCAUUAUGUUCAUCACUCAGCUUUCCCUCUCUGUAAAUUGUUGAGACCAUGAAAAACCUAUGCAUUUUAUGUAGUGCUGCACAAAGAUCUGCUCAUGCAAUAGAACUUCUUCUGCCCACCAUAUGCCCCAGAACAGGGGUCUGCAACCUUUAAGACAAAAAGAGCCACUUGGACCCGUUUCCGAAGAAAAACAACAACUGGGAGCCGCAAAACCAUUGCGACAUUUAAAACAAAUAUAACACUGCAUAUAUUGUUUCUUACCUUAAUGCUAUAUAUACAGGAUCGUGCAGUCAGCUGUCAAUCUCAAGGAAAAAAAGGACAAAUUAAUAGCUAAUUAAAAUAUUUAAUUUACAACCAGGUAACCAGGUUAAUGGGACUUUUGCUCCUGAACCUCAGUGCUCAGUGUCUGCACAUCAGGGCUGUAAGACGUCACCUUCAUUUUCACACAGGCUUGCAAGCUGUCAUCUAUGAGGCGUGAUCGAUGUUUGUUUUUAAUAUAGUUCAUGUUGGAGAAGACCUGCUCACAUACAUAUGUGGAACCGAAGAUCGACAGGACUCCAAAUGCAUACUUUUUCAUGUUUAUAUAAGUGUUGGGGAUGGCAUUCCAUGUUUCGAAUACAAGUUUGUCCUGUUUGGGAAGGUUUUCAAUAUCACUCCAUUUAUGAUUCUGAGCCAGAAUGGCCUUCUGACGGGCAACAUCCUCAAGAGUAGCGGUCAAGCAUUUGAACUUGGACACCCAUAUAUCUUUGUCGGCUAUAUCUGCCAGUUCCAGCUCAAGAUCAGGUUGACUUACACCUGGAAAUGCAGUCAUAUUCAAUAGGGAUGGAUCGAUCGCCAGGGGAGUGACAGGGAAGGAUAAUGUGUGUUUUUCCUCUCUGAACCCACAGAAUCGUUUCCCAAACGAGCUUUGCAUUGCGGUGAUUGCAGACUUGAAAUAUUCCAAAUUUAUCGUAUCAUGACUUUGUUUGAACUCUCUCAAAGAGGGAAAGUGAGACAGUGUACCUCUCUGGAAAUCUUUGACAAACACUGUCAACUUGCGCUCGAAUGCCAAAACCUCCUCCAGCAUGUGCAGGGCUGUGCCUCCUUUCCCCUGAAGGUUGUAUUUAGCGUGUUUAGAUGGGCUGUCAUGUCUACCAUAAAAUGUAAUUUUUCCAGCCACUCUGGCUGUUCCAGCUCAGCAAAGGUAAGCUCUUUGCUGACCAGGAAGGUUUUUACUUCUUCCAAACAUGUGACAAAGCAUUUUAGCACCUCGCCUCUGGACAACCACUGGACCUUGUUGUGGAGCAGGAGGUCAGAAUAUGUGCUUUCCACCUCAUCCAAUAGCAAACGCAACUGGCGGUGGUUUAAACCCUUUGCCAUUAUCUUAUUAACAAUCUGAAUGAUCACAUCCAUCACUUUUGUGCAUUCGGGGGGAAAUGUUUGAGCACACAAUGCCUCUUGGUGCAGGAUGCAAUGAAAUGACAGCAGCGUUCUACCCAGUGCCUUCUGCAGUAGAGCCACAAAGCCCUUCUGUACUCCUCUCAUGCUCGGUGCCCCAUCAGUAGCCACUGAGACCAGGUGGUUGGUGUUUAUUUUUUUAGCACUUAAAAAGUCCAGGACAGCCUUACAGAUAUCCUCACCCCUUGUUUGGUCUUUUAGUGGUAUCAGCUCAAUCAGUUCUUCCUGUGGCCCCAAAGAGUUCACAUAUCGGCAGAACAGUGCUAUUUGUUCAAUAUCACCUUUAUCUUUGGACUCAUCACAGGCGAUGGAGUACACCACAGCUGAAUUAAUGUCUUGAAUUUGCUGUUUGCUAAUGUUUUCUGCCAUUUUUAGGGUUCUGUCUUUAACAGUCUUCACAGACAGAGGCAUGUCUUUGAUUUUCUGCACAAUUUCAUUCUUGUUUUUGAAGUCCAUGUAUAGAUGUUCCGAAAUCUUAAUGAAUGCUUCUUUUAUAUAAUCUCCAUCUGUGAACGGCUUCCCGUGCUUGACUAUUUCCUGAGCGGCUACAAAACUAGCAUAUGUUGUGGAAUUUGCAGACUUCACCCAAUUCUUGAAAUUAUUUUUGCUCCUAUCAACCUUCCUCAUAAGUUCUACAACGGCUUUUCGUCUCUCAUCUCCAUCUGGAUAUUUUUCAGCAAAGGCUGUGUGUUUAUUCUGGAAAUGUCUUGCAAUAUUUGACUUUUUGUUGUUUGCAAAUUUCUCACUACAUAUUAAGCAUACUGGUAAACCAGUCUUGUCAGUAGAGAAUGCAAAUGAUUCUGUCCAUGUAUCAUUAAAUAUUCUGUUUUCUUCAGAAAUUUUUCUUUUCUUGCCUUUAUCCAUGGCUGGCCUACCGGGGGUCCAAAACAGGGACGUAAUUAGAAAUCAGAGGGCCCCAUAGCAAAAUUUGCUAUGCCCAAUAAUCAAUGCCCCAAAAUGCCACAGAAAAUUAAUCAGGGCCCCAGUGUACCAUAAAUCAUAAUCAGUGCCAGAUGUAAAUAAUAAUUAAUAAUGAGGGCCCAAUGCCAUCCUCGUCAUUAUAAAAAUACCUUUUUUGACACUUUUUAUUAUUUCUUUGUUUGACCCCUCAGAAUUACUCCUCCUCAUAGAAAUAAACGUUAAAUUAACAAGUUACCUUUUUUUGAGUGUGUGUUCUUCACUCCCCUUCAAAACAGUGACCAGCGUACAUGCCCCCUUUCAAUGCAGCCUGCUUACAAAGGCAGGACGACAAAGACUGGCAAGAAGCUGUUGCAUAACGUUCCCCAAGGAAAGCGUUAGCUAUUCACCAAACUUUCCCCUGCUUAAGUUUAAAAAGGGGCUUCAAGCAACUAAAAAGGGGCUUCAGGCAACUAACUCCCACGUGGAAUUGCCUAUAGUAAGAUGGCGGCCGCCUCAGAAGACCACGUGGGCAGAUAAGAUGGCUGCCGGGACGAUCCGGUUACCCAGCAACAGCACAGCUGCUUCCGACGCUUUUAGAGCCUCAACCUUCCGCGUUAAAGAAAGCAGCCCGCAAAGCAAGCGUUGGAGCGCCGAAGCCACCUCACCCCCACAAGGAGAAUGCUGCGCGUGUGACCAAAUAGCGAGGACUUACGUUGCUAGAGACAAGCCCCGACACUACCACAAGCCUCCCUCUCUUCGCGCCCCCAGCCUCCCAAGAACCCCCCCCCGCUUCAAACGGUCACAAAGCACAAAUUCCACGUGACCGCGACUUGAAAUAAAAGUACCCCACAACCUGAUCCGCCAGGCGCGCCGAGUCCUCCCCAGGAAAGGUAAAAUGCGGUGAUGAGCUUGCGUAGCGCGCUAGGCUCCCAGCAGCGAAUCGAAUUGGAUAGGCAGCAAGCAAUCCAAACGGAGAGGUUUUCGGCGCGAUCAAGGUGCCCCCGGUAGAUAAGGGAGUGAUCCACUCGUAAGUGGCUUUUUGCGUGUUUCCACCCGGAAAAUGCGCCUCCUCCCCUCGCCUCCGCCCCGGAGCCGCAGCAAAGGUGUUAAAGAGCCGCAUGCGGCUCUGGAGCUGCUGGUUGCCGACCCCUGCCCCAGAAUCUGCCCCAUAGGGUUCUUCCAAGCCCCCUCCCCGGUGGGGGACCCAGUAAGCACUCUACGCUCUUAAGCCUCAAUAAAACUAUUACUGAAGAAAUUCUGAUGUUUGUGUGACUUAUUGCAACUCUGCACGUGAAUGUGACUCCAUGCUACACUGCUAUUUUCACCCGUGCCCUGCUGUGCUGUUUUCAGGCAUGGAACCAGGAGGUGACUGAUUUCUGUCACUAGCCCUGUUAGCCAUUGCCAUUUGAAGAGAACGAGGGAGGUGUUCAUAGUGAGUUCAGGCACCUCUUUUUCUGGAAAAUAGCACUGAGCAUAGUGAAAUAUAACUCAAUAGCAUUUCUACCGUUUUCCUCACAUAGCUGGAGGUAACAGCUGUGCAGGAUAAUACGUACCAAGCAGCCCAAGGCCCUUAUGUUUGGUUGUAUCUCUGCCAUUCUCAUACAGUGCUCUUGGUAAACAUAAAGAGUGUGGGCUGGAUUCACUGAGAGAUGAGCAGUUUCCUAGUGGGGGUUCCUCACCCUGGCUGCUCUGGCCCAACCCUCCAUGUUGAAGAAACCACUUUUGAGGGUUGAGAGACAAGGACUCUCGUGCAACACAUCUAAUUAUACAUAGACAUUUGCAUGAAAGAAGUUACAUAUUGUGCUUCUAUAGCUGGAAUAAAUGGGUUGCCUCUGGUUCUGAUCCCUUUAGCUUUUUCUUCACAGAUAUUAAUAACUGUGAACACCUAUUUAGCAAUAUAUUCCUAUAACACAAUGUAUUCCUUUGUUCUUCUUUCAACAGGCAAAGACCGCAAUUGAAAAUCUUAGGGAUAAAUACCAAAAAAGCCCAGGAAAUAUGUUAAGAGCUCUUUCAGAACGAUUUGAUAAGCAUUACAAAGCUAACUAG